UUCUACCGUCACCACGACGCACCCGUCCCGUCCUCCAAGCUCUGUCUGUCGUGGGUUGAGCGAAUUUAAUCCGUACAGCUGCGGGGGGGCAUUUAGUUGGUGGUUGUGUAAAAAAAUACAAAUUCAAAAUCCCAUGUUCCGACCGGACGACAAGAUCCCAACAUUGUCAGUAGUUAAAGGCCGUCAAGUCAGUUAGAUGAUGACAACAUACUUUGAUCAAAACGGAUUUUACAGCGGUCAGGGUGCUGGUGACCAGCCUUACAGGUUCCCGCAAGGUCUCUUGGUGCCACCCUACCCUCAGCCCGGUACAGCACGAGCUGCUGCGGCGGCAGCGGCUGCAGCAGCGGCGGCCGCUCAGCACGGGGACACCACGUACGUCGACAGCGCUGUCAACAACUCUGGUUCGACAUCGACGGCAGCAGCUGCUGCUACCGCGUGCAAACUCUACUCGUCUGCCGUGGGCGAAGGUGGUGCUACGGCCGUGUUCAAACCCGAGUGUCUGGUGAAAGACCAAAAUGGUUUCAAUCAGGCCGUAAAGGAAAUGACCAGCUGGCCGACAGGUUCACUGGCUGGCGUCAGGCCGACGUCCAUGACCAGCGAGACGAUGAGAAGUUUUACGGCCGCCGACAAUCCCACAUCUACAAGCAGAGUAUCGGAUGCUUGGACAACCUGCUGUCAGAAUCCACCGGCCGUGGCCCAAGCGCCAGCCAACGCUUUCUAUCCGUGGAUGGCCAUUGCAGUAAACCAGCGUCAACAAAUACAGCAAUUCCUAGGCCUAUAUAAAAAUUACAGUCCUGAAAGUUUUGGAGGUGCCAACGGUUUGCGAAGACGAGGUCGCCAAACCUACACACGUUACCAAACCUUGGAGCUAGAGAAAGAGUUUCAUACCAACCAUUAUCUGACACGGAGAAGAAGAAUCGAAAUGGCACACGCCCUAUGUCUAACAGAAAGACAGAUCAAGAUAUGGUUUCAGAAUCGAAGGAUGAAACUGAAGAAAGAGAUUCAAGCUAUCAAAGAGCUAAAUGAACAAGAAAGACAGGCACAGGCAGCUAAAGUAGCAGCACAACAGCAGAAACAACCGAAAUCAUCGAGCAGUAGCAAUCAGGCAUCUGCAGGUUCCAAUAGCACAGGAUCAUCAGCUACUAAUUCCAGUAGUACAGCCGUCAAAACGUAAGGUGUUAAUGUCUCUCUUUGUUUUUAUGUUAGUGGACAAUCUGUCCGCUGGAAGUAAGGUGAUGGAGAUAGUACAUUCACGUUCUGGUAAUUAUAUCAUCUACAAUUCUACAUCAACCCAUAACAUUAUUAUCAAUAUACUCAUGUGUAUAUCAAUUGUCAAUGAUGAUGAUCAUUUGACCAAUAAAUCAUUAUUUUAAUAUGACAAGUUACAUUUUAGUACCGAUAUAUUAUAAAGAUAGCUCGAAAAGUUAUUGAAUUCAAUCGAUAUUAAUCGUUUUCUAUUCCAGAAAUGAUAAUUUUAGUCUUCCAGAUUGAAAUGUCUUAUACUGUUUUAAAAACCGUUUUUAAUAAGAAAAUUAAUUCAUUAUAUACACUGAAAAUAAUAGAGAUGCAAAUUUAAAUUUGUAAUCAUUUUUUGAAUAUUUUCUAAAAAAUAGAACAACACGAGUCUUGGAAAUAGAAAUAUUCUGAAAAUAUUCGUUAAAAUUAAUUUAAACAAAAGAAUUUCUGAUGGUCAAAUGAUAAAAUCAUUGACUUAUUCAUGAGAUUAUUGGUGAAAUUAUACUUUUUUGAGCUCCUUUUUGUGUGUAACUCUUAUCAAUCAUUUAUCACAAAAAAUGUCUAAGUCAUGAAUCCAGACGUGAAAGGAUCACCUCCUUUCUUCUGCAUUGUAGAAGUCAGAUUUUCGACGGUGAAAUAAUAUGAAGAAGCCAAAUGGAACCAAUGUUCGAGAACUUAUCAUGUUGAGAUCGUCUAGCAGUCGUUUUUGGCAGCCAGACUAGAUCACUUACAAUAUACGUACAUUAUGCGGGUUUUAUUCUUCAAUUAUUGUUGUUACAAUAUUGUUUCCGUUAAAAAGUUAUGCCAGUUAUUUUGUGUGUUAAUUAAUUCGUAGUCCAUUCUUUUAUUAUGGACAUUGUUGCUUCCACUUUUCAGCCCACCAUAGAAAUGACAAAGUAUUAGUGAUUUCGGUAGUUCCCUUUUAAGAACAGUGAUUAGGAUAUAUUUUUACUUUUAUUGAUAGAUUAGUUCUUUAAGAGUUUUUUAUAUUAAGCGUUAGCAUUGUGGGGAUCUUUAUCAUGAGAAAUUGUUAUUUUUUUUUCUUCGUAGCUGUGUCCUAUUGAUUUAUUUUAAAAUAAACGAAGGGUCUUUGUGAGUGCUUUUAGAAUUUGUCGUGUUUAGAUGUACUUAAUUAGUACGCUGUUUGUUGUCUUGUAGAUGUUCAUAGUUGUAUACUUCUAAGUGUAGUACAUUGUCACUUCUGUUGACAAUGGAUUCAUGUGUUAUAAAAAAAAAAAUACUAGCCAAAUUCCCAAUUACCUUUUUGUGGAGCAAUAUAUGAAAUUUGAAACAGAGAUGAAAUAGAAUAUAAUCGAUGUGAAAAUAAUUCUUGGGAGGCUUUUAGUCGUCAUGUCUUCAUUCAACCCAAAGAAAUAUAGAUUGUGAAAUAUGAAUAUGUGAAUAUAUCAUAAAAAUCUAAAAAAAAUUAUAGAAAUAUAUAUAUCAACAAUUGUUAAUUUGGGAAAAUAAUAAUUGAGCUUUUUCUAAGUUUGUUCAAUAGCUGGACAUGAUUUAUUUUUUAAGAAAUAAAGUAAAAACAUUUGGAUAAAUAGUUUAUGUUUCGAUUAUGUAAUUGAGAUUAAUUGAAUUAUAUUAUUUCGCAUCUUUUCAUAUUCAUCAACUUCGAAAAUUGUCAACCAUUUCCCACCCCUUCCAGUUUUUAGACUUUAAAUCUAAUAUUAAAUUUUCUUAACAUCUUUUACAAAUCUAUUGAUAUUAUUAGAAAAAAAUAGCUUUUUACUCUACAUUUACCUUCUAUAUUUGAUAUAAAAGAAGUUAUUUGUUCCCCAUACAUUCCUCUUCAUUAAUUUGUUGUAUACAGAUAUACGUAAUAAAAAGUAUCCACGACGGGGUGUAACAAGCCCGUCCAUUGCAA